UCCGAGGAUCAGCUGGAGGCAGCAAUAAACAGAAGGAAAAUCUGCAGGGGAAAAAAUAGAGCAAGAGGGAAAGCUGCAGAUGUUAUAAUCUGAAACAUCAGUGUAAAAUUUUUACACGAAGCCCUUCUUCUAAGAAGAAAGCCUUUUAUUUUUUUAUCAUGGUGUUUUAACUACCUCACUUAAAGGCUACCUAAAGCUAUGCUUUAAGAUUUGUUGUCGUUUCUACUGUGUGUGAUCUCGUUUACAACUUGAAUUAUAUUGCAAAGGCAGGCCUUUGCUCCAAACCAAGUGAAACCUUACAUUUGCACUACAGAAGCCUGUCCACUCCCGUUUGUCAAAAACCGAGAUCAAGCAAAGGGCUUCAAGUGAAAAAGAGGCUCCGAAAAUCGACAACCAUCACACAAAGAAUUAAUUAAAUCAGCAACAAAUAACAGCUAAACACGAAUAAGACUUUCAAAGGCAGCUACAGCUUCUUUGGUGGACGACAAAGACACACAGCACCGGAGUAAUCAACACUUGACCGACUGACGAUAAUACAAGCAGUCAUGUUUCAACGUCUGAGCAGCCUGUUCUUCGGAGAGGUACAGGAGGUGGCUGCUGAGCUGAAGGGACCCAACCCCUGUGUGACAGAGGCUGAUGAGGAGGGAUGGAUGCUGGUCAACCUGCCUGAGGCAGCUGACUGCAUGAUGCAGGUUGAGGGUGAAACAGAAGGCCCAGUGAUAGCACAAUCAUUCCCAGACAGUAACAAAUCAAAUAAUCUAGACACACUUACUAGGACUGAGUGCCCAGUCCCCAUUCCCCACCCGCCUCAAAAGCGCCGCAGGACACAUAAAGGUCGGGCACGAGAUGCAGUAGCACCAUCAGACCCCCUGUCUUGUCCGAGCACUAGCCCGUCAGACUUGGGUGCCACGACACCCGUGACCCUGCCAAGGCGAGCCAGGCUGUCCACACCCUCCACCCCAUCCGUGUCCCCUGGUUCUGGGAGUGAGUGUGGAGGCAGUGGGGGUAGCAGUAGGGCAGGCUCAGAGAGAGGCUGCAUGGAUGAGAGCUGGUUUGUCACCCCUCCCCCCUGUUUCACUGCAGAGGGAGCCACAGCAGAGGCCAGCCCAAUGGAGGACCUGCUUAUUGAGCACCCCAGCAUGUCUGUCUACGUCUCCCCGAACAACCUGUCCAUGGUCUCCAAUAGCAACCUGUCUGUGGUGGGAGAGGAAAGCAUUGUUAGCCUGGCAAGCAGCGUGAGCAGGGCUGCUGAACCAGCCGCGGCUCCUGCAUCUCACAGCACUCUGUCCACCAGGGUGAGCCGUGGAGCAGCCGCCCAGGCAGGAGCUCUGGCCAAGGUCACCCAAGUGGCCAGGGUCCAGCGCGCUAAAGCUCGCAUUGAGAGGCGCCAUCUGGGACGCAACCGCAUUCAACGCCAAAACCGCGCCAGGGAACAGGUUCCUCGUCAUGCAGCCCACGCCAGAAACACCUUCCUACACCAGCCCAGCAAGCGCAACUUCUGCCACUAAACCUUCCAGCUGUUAGGGGGCAUCGUUUACUUUGAGGGCAUUAAAAGUGCAUAGUCUAAUCCAAGACACACACGUUCUAACAUAUUCACCUAAUGAAAAUUUACUUUCAUUUAUGCACGUUAUAUAAUGUUACAUAUACUCAGAUACCAGUAGCCUACACUUUUAUAGGUUUAGACACAAACUGAUUUGGCCCUUAUUGCCCCAUUCUGCCUUUAUGAACCAAUCCCUCUAAGCAGACCAGGCAACUUACUACUUAACUGUCCGUAGCAGUAUCCAAAAAACUGGGGGGAAAAGUUUCUUAAAUAUUUAUACAACUUAUACCUAUUGACAAUAAUUUCUGAAAAACAAGAAAAAAGAUUAGCUCUAUCCAUGUUUCUCUCCUGUUUCACUGUCCCUAAAGGCAUGUCUUUUACUUCUUCUUUCUCAUGUAAUCCCUGAAAUACUUUGCUAGGUUUAGAGAUAGUGACUCAAAACAAUAAAGUGCACUUUCUCUGUUUGGAGGAACAGACUUAUCGAGUGGAAAUAAUGCAGGAGAAAGACAGUUUACGCCUUAGAAUUUCAACAGAGACAAAAUCUCAUCAUGCCCUUGAAUUUUUAGAUUACAGCAACUGUAUUUAAUUUUUUUCUUUUUGUUCAGAAAAGGUGGAAGGAUAUACCGUGUGCAAGGACUGAGAAGAGAAAAUCACUAGAUAUUUGUUCCUCUCAGGUUUGGAUUGCCUCUCGAUUGUUUUAGCCUAGGUCAAUGUGCAAGGCGAGGAGAAAUACGGGGCGGUCCAUUUCAUAGGAAACAAAAACUGUGGAUUUCUUUCUUCUCACUAAUGUGAAGGAUAAAAGCAAGUAGUGGAUGGUGAGAGGAUGAACAAAACAAACUAAAGAGUAAAAGAUAAGCUAUAAUGAAUUAGAUUUAGGCGGCACUGAUAGGGAGGUGACAAAAAGAGAAGGGUCAGAGUAAAGUGUAACGUAGCCCACUGAGCAGCCUGCGAGAUAGUUUUCUCAAUUCAGUUAUUUAGUAUUUGUCAUGACGCCAGUAUGAAAGUAUUUUGAAAUGCUUACACCAAAUGCUUUGCAUAUCUAAACUGUGAUUCUAUAGAUUGUAGAUAAUAAAUAAGGUAGAUCAUUUUAGCAAAGAGGGAUAAUAUCAACUAAAAUAUGCAUUACUGGCAAAAUAAGUACUGAUACUAACUAUUAACACAUUGAGUGAAAUAAUCUAUGGCUUGCCUUCAGGUUACAGGGUGUGGCAGGAUACAGUAGGAGCAGAACGGUAUUGGUGGUAACUCUUUAUUUUGUUUUGCUGCAUUGUUGUUCAUUUUUUUCUUGGAAUGCUGUCUUUCUCUGCCUGAUACCCACACUAAAAGAAAGCCUGUUCCUCACAGACAAGCAGAAGAAAGUACACUGGCUUUGAAAUCCAACAAGCUAAAAAAAAAAAAAAAAUCAGUCUCUGUGAAACAUAACACAGCAUGAUGCUCAUUGAGUCUAUCAUGACUAAAGAGGAAUGUGCCCAGCACGCAUCAGCCAUAUUCACAAUGUGUGCUGUGAGUUAGCAUCGACCAUGUGAACACCAAGAAAAAAAAAUUAAAAACACCUUAAAAAAAACAAAAAAAAAACAGCGAAGAUCUUUAUACAUCAAUUCUUUUUGUUGAAAAGUCACACAUAUUCAUAGAAACAUGCACACAAAAAGAAAAGUAUUGUCUUGGUCAAGGACAUGCAAUCCUUUGCUUUGCCCAUUUUGCUCUCAUCUACUCCAUCCAUUUCUCUUUCUCUCUCCCUCUCUCUUUCUCUCUCCUUCUGUCUCAUUAGCACAUCCAGCCCUAACAGUGUCCACUUUAAGAUCUAGCUUACGGAUAUGUAUUCAACAGUAAUAGUAAACGAUGGUGCUGAAGUGUAUAUGAAUAUAUACUAAUGUUUGUAAAUUAUUUGAAACAUGGAUGUAAGUUUGCACUGUCAUACAUUUUGUGAGUCAAAGUUUAGCUGCGUGCUGUGUGCUCGUUUUUUUUUUUUUUUUUUCCUUUUGUGAUUUUUUUUUGGAAUCAACCUGUCUGUGUGUGAGAAGGUGUAAUGACACGUUAAAUGCUAAAAAUCCUUAAAAAAAAAAAAACAUGACUAAUGAUCAUUUAUUUCUCUUGUAAAUAUUACAGUACAGUUUAUAACGCUCUGUUAGCUGUCAAUGUCUCUCAGGACUGGAGUCCACCUAGUGGUUUCCAAUGGGACUGAUGAGAAUCCUCACUCUGCCUCACCGCUGUGCUGAAUAACAAACCGAGAGGUCAUUUCAGUGGCCAAAAGUGGUGUCUUUGCCCCAGACUCAGUCCAUGUAUUGUGAUGCAGCCUGCAAGCGGCACCGGAUUCAGAAUUCAUGUGCCAUAGGCAAACACUGCCCUCCAGAGGGUACAGUGGGGCACAGCACUUGCUGUUUAAAUGCUGGUGAGAAUACAUUAAACUGAUAAGAGUUUUAAUACUAUUUGCUCUUGUCUGUUAAAAAGACAAAUUUAGAGUUUGAGGAUUCUUUCAGCUUGUUUUGGAAAUAUCAUGUCUUGUGUAGUUCAGAUAGAUUGUUAUGCUAAAUUCUUUUCCCCAUACCACAUUUUUUCAGUAAUGCCAAUUAUCCUAUUCAUGGCUAUAUUUUAUUCAGAAUAUCUAUUAAUUUAUGAUAAACUUUUGAACAUUAUAGUUAUUUUUUCCUUUUUUUUUUUUUUUCUUUUUUUCUGUUUUAAAGAUACCUAUGUAACCUUUUUGAAUCCCCUUAACAAUGCAGUGAAUGGAUCUUAGGUGAUAAGUCUAGCACACAUGCACACACAUAAACACACACACUCACAGUAAUCUCCAUUUAGGUUUCAUUAAUCCCUAGGGGGUUACUAUUCUAACUGAAUGUGCCUCAGAACACUCUCGCAACACUUUGUAUGCAUGUUAUUUAAAAAAUAUAUAUACUGCAUAAAGUAAGAAAAGAGGGCAACAAUGAGAGAUUACAGUUUUGUGUGUGUAUGUGUGUGUGUGUGUGUGUGUACAAUGGUGUGUCCAUGGAUAAAGUGUGGGAUUGAUCACCACAGGUGGCUCCACCGCUGCAAGCCUGUCCUGUUUUGCAAAUUUUUCUUUCCUCUCUUUCGCCCCUCUCAUCAGUGUCAUGUAAAAGGAAUUGUAUUUAAUAUGCAGUGUGUGAAAAGUGUGGCAGGCGUCCCAUAAUGCAGAGAGGGAGUGGCCCCCAGGUGUGUCAAGCAAAUGUGACGUGAGAGAUGUGGUCAGGGAAAGGAUGAGGCAAGAAACAGAUAGAUUAUAUUUAAAAAGAAGAAGAAGAAACGCAUUGUAUCAACAACAAAAAAAAAUUAUAAUAGAGUAUGUUCGUAUUUCCCCAUAUAGUUAUUAGAUCAUUGUCCACCUAGUCAGAUGUUUAAACUGAAAGGGGUUGAAUGUCUGGGGAGUUUCAUAUAUUUAUGUUGUGCCCUGAAAUGAUGGCAGCUUUGGGGUUUGCCCAUGUUACAUCUCAAUGAAUACACCCCUUCCCCAUGAAAAAUGAAAUAUAUAGAUAUAUAAAAUUUGGUGUAUCUGAUAUCUAUGGUGAUUGUGCCUUUCACUAUUUCUGCAUGGUUUUUGUGAUGUACUGAAUUUUCCAUCCCCAAAAUGGACAGUCGUCCAUUGACAGGCAAGACCUAUGCAAAACCAGCGGAUGGGUUUUCCAGCAUCCAUUCAGAGAACACAGGUACCCGCCAAAAAAGGA